GCUGGAGCUCCUGGACUUGUCGACGCUCAUCUGGUUCUUUGUGGCGAGUGCAUCGGCCGGCUUGAUACCCGUUGCGUUGUCAGGAGAGCUUCUUUGUUGCGUGAGAUUUUUUUUUACCUCGGAUUCUUUCACUCGUUUACUACAGCUGGAAAAAAAAAAGAAAAAGCAAAAAAAAAAGUUACUGCAUGUCUCAGGGGAUCGCGACAGACCGACUUCACGAUUCUUGGUGAACUUGGUGGCCGCACGUAUUAACCACUUUGACCGCUACUACCAACAGCAUUCUCCUUCUCAACUCCAUAUUCGAUCUUCCAUUUUUUUCUUCAUUACUGCCGCAUCACAUUUACCGCACAGCUGUCAUUUCCUGACUCGGUCACGCAUUCGCCGUAUACGCAAUAACGAGGAGAGCUGCUGGUAUCAUUCGGUUCGGCUACUGCUAUGGCUGCCAUUUCAGCGGCUCGGGGCGCUCCCACAGCCCUGACGCCACCGAGCAGCAGCCAUGGAGACGAGCCCUCAUGGAGGUACCGGAACCAACACGAAGAGGCCUAUGACGAAAACGGUGCUGGAUAUUUCGGCGACGAAUCGAAUCGCAAUCCUCGCCAGAACGGAAACUUCGACUCGAGCUAUGACGCCAAGACACGAAAAAUGUAUUCGGCGGACACUCUAUCGAACAACCAGUGGGAUGCACAUGCGGAGACUGGCGUCCAGUCGCCCCAGUUCGACAACAUCCGGUCGGAUUGGUCGACUGGCGAGCCUGAGACGGAUGAGGCGACCCGUGGGCGGGCUGACUCUACGGUCAACACCGAGGUGGAAUCCAAAUGGAUUCACCGAGACAUACUGGCACAGAUUGAAAGCGAGGAGCUGCAGGCAGCUGGCUUUAUCCCCAGGUCACGCGCCCCUAGCAAGCAGCGACGAGACAAGAGUGCUCGGCGAGGCACCGACGCCGGCGAGCAUCUCCGGCUGAAGCAAGAUCCGGGACUCGAGUCCGGAGAGGCCUCGAAAUCUGCUUUGGAUCUUGGAACUCAGGAAGAGGCGGAUGAACAGGAGAACAACUCUGCGCAAAACAACAAGGGGGGAUCUCGGAUACCUGUUCCCAAGACACGUUCCAGGAGUGCUAGUGCUACUCUUAGAGAACUGACCACCAACGUCCCGCCCGAGAAGCCCAAGCCAGCGCAGCGCUCUGCCACAGAAACUUCUCCCAAGAAGAUUGGCGCCGCUGGCCGCAAGAACUCGGAGCCAGCAAACGCGAAGCCCAAGACAGCGGCUGGUAGACCCAAGACUCGCUCAGGGCCCAGCAAAGACUCUACAACUACACGACCUACUACACGCUCUGGAGAGGCUUCUCUGGGCAGUAGCCGUCAGCCCGAGGGCAACCCGCCAUGGAUGGUUAACAGUUAUAACCCCGAUCCUCGUCUGCCACCCGAAAAGCAACUCAUUCCCACCGUCGCAAAGAGACUUCAGCAGGAGAAGUGGGAACAGGAGGGCACAUUUGGUACUGCUUACGACAAGGACUUCCGGCCCUUGAAUGACAGCGCGCUGGUGCGAGAGAAUUCCGUGCCGCUGGAAGAGCGAGAACCCAAGCAGGAACAGGCUGCUCAAGAGGGGAUGGAGAUACGACCACAAACACCCGAAGCAGGGCCGUCGGAUGAGUGGCCGCUCAGUGCGGACGCUCCCAAGAGCCCUCAGGUGCGGUUAGGCUCAUCCUAUUCCACGAUGCCCAAAAUCUCAGACAUGCAAACACCAAAGAGCCCUCUGCCCGGCCAACGGCCCCCAAUGACACCCCAAGGAACUCAAGGAACAGCUCAGUCGCAGAGCCAGCUCAGCGAGAAGCCCCAGACCCCCCAGAGGAUCCCCGAUGUUUCCGACGACCAAGACCAAAAAGGCGGCUGCGGCUGCUGCGUCGUCAUGUAA